UUUUUCCGUGUCAAUAUCGUUUUUGUUAUUGUGUUAGAAAUUAUUGGUCUUGUCGUUAUUAUCUGAUUUGCUAAAGUUCUCUAUUUACAUAGAAAUAUGAAGAAAAAAAAACGGGUUAAGCGAAACUGGUAUUCGAUUUAAAACCCAAAUUCGACAGAAACGGUACGGAACUAGACAUUUAUCAACUAGUGAUUGGACGUGACCUUGAUAAAAAAAAAAAGAAGAAAUUAUCAAAAAAAGCGAAUUAAAAAUUCGGCUAAUCAGUGUUCGCUGUACCUUUAAACGCAUUACAUCAUAGCACAACCGAGAAUUGUUGUCGCCGAAAUGGAUUAUUAUUAUUUAGCCACAGCGAUACUCGUUGCUAUCAUCUACUACUACAGAAAGUACAUGAAAAUAGUUGAGUCGGUGAAACAUAUUCCGGGACCACCGAUACUUCCGUUUGUCGGAAACGCGCUAAAGUUUAUCGGAAAGACUCCUAGUGAUUUGGUAACGAUGGGCGAAGAAAUGAUCGAGAAAUACGGUCACUUCAUUCGCAUACUACUCGGACCGAAGAUCAUCAUUGUUAUGUCGACUCCCGAAGACAUUGAAUCGUUUUUAGUGGACGGUAAAACGAUGGAAAAGUCCGAAGAAUAUGAAUACACGAAAGACUGGAUCGGCGAGGGACUAAUUACAUCGACUGGUCAGAAGUGGUUUUCGCGGAGAAAAAUCAUUACGCCCGCAUUUCAUUUCGGUAUUUUACAAUCGUUUGUCGACACAUUCGAUUGUAAUGGGGAUAUUUUCGUGGAGAAAUUGAAAAAUCGACAAUCGAUUGACAUUUUUCCGUUUGUCGUACUGUAUGCGCUGGAUAAUAUUUGUGAAUCUGCAAUGGGUACGAAAAUCAAAGCUCAAUCAAAUUUGAAUUCGGACUAUGUAAAAGCUGUAGAAGAGAUAACCAAGCUGAUCACAAGGCGCCACCUCAUUUUACCAUUGCGAAAUGAUUUCGUGUUUAAAAUCACCGGUUUCCAAGCAAAGCAAAAGAAACUGCUGAAAACAUUGCAUGGAUUCACUGACAGUGUAAUAAUUGCACGACGUGAUGAGAUUAUCAAAAAUAUCAACAACAGUGGCACGAACGUCAAAAGCAGCCUCAUUGAUAUUUUACUUAAGUCUUCGAUCGAUGGCAAACCGCUCAGCAAUCUCGAUAUUCGAGAGGAAGUCGAUACAUUCAUGUUUGCUGGUCAUGAUACCGUUAGCAGCGCCAUCUCUUUUACCCUGUACAAUAUUGCCAGAAAUGCAGAAAUUCAGAGAAAAUUGUUUGAGGAAUUGUGUCAAGUUUUUGGAGAUGAUAAGCAACGACCGCAUACUCUGAAAGAUCUUAACGAGCUGCGGUACAUGGAGCUAGUAAUCAAGGAAUCAUUACGGAUUCUCCCACCAGUACCUUUCAUUGGAAGGAAACUCAAAAAGGAUACUGUUGUGAAUGGGAAAUUGUUACCCAAUGGAGCAGAUGUCGUGAUAGCUCCGCUGCUGAUGGGACAAAAUUCAUCGAUCUGGAAGGAUCCUCUUUCGUUCAUACCAGAACGCUUUGAAUUGGAUAAUAUGUCGACAUUGAGCCCAUUCAGUUUUAUGUCGUUUAGUGCUGGACAGAGGAACUGUAUUGGACAAAAAUACGCCAUGCUUGAGAUGAAAAGUCUUGUAUCGAAAGUUCUGAUGAAUUUCGAAAUUGAAGUUGAGCCGGGUUUUAAAUUAGGUCUAAAGCCGGUAAUUGUUUUGAAGCCCACUGGUGGUAUUAAACUGAGGUUGAAGGAUAAAUAAAUGGUUGAAUCAAAAUUGGUUUUCGGCUC